CCUGGGUUGGGCUUGCAUGCUUCCCGCACGCCGAUGUAUUAUCGAAGGUGAUAAUGUUUGAGGUUAAUCCCAGGAAGGCCUGGACUUGAUAUCUUACCAUUGAUCUGAGGCUGAGGAACAUGCACACCUCGUUUCCCGCAGGCUAAGAGACACGGCAAUAUGUAUCUGCGUGUUCGUCCUCUCGGCUGGUGUCUUUGACGACCCUUAUUGACGGCAGCGCCGCAGUUUUGAUCAAUCCCAUUUCAAAAGAGUCUGGCAGAAUGUCAGACUCGGUACUUCAGUUACUGCCCGGGCAGACCCCUCCACUUGCGAUUAUAACUCCUACCGACCAGCGAGGUGUCUUGUACAUCAUCACUGCACUUUGCCUUGCAACAUCGAUUGUGUCGCUCCUGAUCAGAGCAUACGUUCGAGUCGAGUUCAGUCAGUCUUAUGGGAAAGACGAUAUAUCCGUAGCCGCCGCAUUUAUCUUAUUGAUCGUUCAGUCUUGCCUCAUCUUCCUAGCGGCUAGCAAAGGCGUCGGAGAGGCGCUCUCUGAUAUUGCGUCCGGUGACCUUUUGUCUCUGCAGAAAACUUACUAUGCUGCGAACUUGCUAUACAUCGCCACACUAUGGGCAACCAAGAUUUCGACCCUGUUCCUCAUCUUGCGGCUCGCUGUGCAGAGGAUACAUACCCGGACAACUACCGCUGUCUUAGGUGUCACUGGCAUACUUGGCCUGGUGUCAUUCCUCCUAGCGGCUCUUGACUGCAACCUGAACGCGCCAUGGAUUUUCAUCAACGGGCAAUGCUCAAGGGAAGGGGCUCACUGGCGGGCGAUCGCGGCAUUUGACAUCAUCACCGAGUUGCUCCCAUUUGGCACUCUUUGUUUUAUCAUCAACUCCGUACAGAUCCCGCGCAGUAAGAAGUUGGCCAUCGUGGCUGGUUUUGCAUUCCGACUAUUAUUGAUCUUUCCGCUGGCCUUCAGGCUUCACUAUGUCCUGGCCAGCCUCCAUGCUCACGAUAUCACGCUGCGCCAGGACCGAAUCGUCAUCAACACCCAGGUGGAACUGGUUACGGCCAUGGUUGCGGCGACCGUGCCAUGCCUUCGGCCUUUCAUGGCCGCCACAUACACGACCUGGGGAGGUCGUGUAGAUACUGUCUCUGGAUCCGAGUACAACAAGAGUGGUAGCAAUAGUGGGAAGAAGCACACCACAAGUGGCAGCAAAAGUGUCCUCAGCUCUCUCCGGAUUGGAAGGAGCAAGAAAGGCGUAGACGAGCUGACCAGCCGCGAUGAUAUCUCGCUGGAACCCAUGAGCCAAUCCUGGAGUGCCAAAGGAAUGGAUGGGAACCAAACAGAACGACACCCAUCGACGAUAAGAAAACAGAGUGGCGAUGAUUCGGGCGCGAUGAAUCAAGCAGACGAUCAACAGAGCUUAGGCAGCCAUGACAGUCAGAGGAUGAUCAUCCGACGAGACGUCGAGUGGAAUGUCAGAUUCGAGAAUCGCCCGGAUUUGAACGGGACUGGAAUUGCGAGGUAAUGCAAUCAAGUACCCUAGGGAUGUUUCUCUUGGUGAGUACGAUCUUGACGGGAGAUGAUUGUGCCAAUCCAAUGAAUGUUGCGGGAACAACUUUGUGUAAAAGUAUUUCAAAAAUGGGCAGAUUCAGCCGAUAGGACUGCCUUGUACAGUGUGGGAUUUUGAAGGAGCGAUGGGCAUCUAUAGAUAUAGAUACUGGGAUGACUGCAAUGUUAUGGGAUUGGAGGUUCUUUGGACAAGGCUAUGACGGCAGGUGUGACUGAGUAAGGCUGUGCUCGUGCCUAAAACGCGUAA